AUGGCCUGUAGAGAGCCUAAAAAGGGCCACAGCUCCACUCGAGAUUGGAAACGGGCCCGUCUAUCUCCAACAGAAUCAGCAGGGAGUCCCAAGGGCGAAGGUCCCAGACGUCGUGGAGACACCGACGAAGCAACCACCGACUCCGACGCCUACGACGACGAAGACCACUCCACGAAGGAGGUCUCGUCGCAUCCCUCACCCCCUCCCACCCUCCCUCCGGCAGAGCCCCGAAACCCUGAGUGGGCCGCACAGGAGCCCCUGGAUCUCCACCACCACAGAAACGGAGUCCCUUCUCCUGCCGAGAGCCCACAGGCCGAAACGCAGCCCUUCGACCUGCACAAGAAGAAGUCUCCGAUAGAUAUCCUGGCAAGGGUUUUCCCCCGGGAAAACCGGAGCAUCUUGAACGUGGUCCUGCAAAGAAAUGGUGGAGAUGUUCUCCAGGCCAUCGACGAUCUCCUCAGCACCAAAGAGCCUGCUGAUGCGGAAAAAGCAACCAACGAUACUUCCUCAGAAGCUGCCAGCCCCAAUGCAUCCCCGCUGUCCCCAAUGGCCAGCCCUCGUCAUCCCAUGGCUGAUCCAUCAGCCAUGCCUGGAUUCACCACUCCACCCAACUUUUUCACUUCUGGUCAUUCGCCUGCACUGACCAUGGGAGCUGGAGGACUGUCGUUCCGACGGCCGUACCAAGCUGCCCCCGGUACCAGGGGCUUGCUUGCUGUACCUACAUAUUCUGGAUUCUUUCCUGGUAUCGCUCCCACGUUUACCCCAGGAUAUCCUAACUUUUUUGGUCCUUCUCUAUCGAGUGGCACUCCGCCAACAGCAGAAGAGAAAAAGAAAGAUUGUUGGCCAACCUGUAACAACUCGUCACCGCAAGAUUUAUCUUCCCCCGAAACAAAAAGUCCAAAUGGAUAUGCUGAUUAA